GGUGGGUGCUGAAUGCAAGAUUGCGGGGGUCCCCAACGGCAGGACCCCCGCGGUCAGACAUCUUAUCCCCUAUCCUUUGAAUAGGGGAUAAGAUUUCUUAGGGCCGGAGUACCCCUUUAAGUAGGAGGAUAAAAUAAUAAUAUAUUUCCUGGCCUUUGGAUGGUCAUGGUAGCACCUUACAGCAGCUGAAGUCAUCCACCAUUUCUCUUUCAUUUACAAAAUGAACAAAGGCUAAAAAGAAUAAGGAGAGACAAGAUGAUUCCUAAGUUCUGGGCAUAUGAUUAUGUUGAGGCUCAGGUCCAGUGGGCCGAGACUGUUCUUGGCCCCUGAGCAAUAAUGGCCAUGGUCUACAAACACUUACCACACCUCAGGGGGCAGGAGAACGUCACCACUAGUCCCUGCCUUAUGUGAUAUUAUGUGACACAGGGAGGGGUUAAGGCGACUAAUAAAAGGUGCAGAACCUGUCGGUCAUCACAGUAGGAGUCACCAUGAUCCAGAUCCUCGGUCUUGUGCUGUUGUAUACAGGAGCUGCUGCAGGACUGCAGUGCACUGUGAUCCCUGGAAAUCUGAAGCAGAUCGAUGCAGGCGCCGGUCAGGUCUAUGGUGUGAACAAUGAUGACAACAUCUACCAAUGGUUGGACACAUACUGGAAGCAGAUUCCUGGCAAACUGAUCCAUGUGUCGGUCGGUCCAGCCGGUGUCUGGGGAGUCAACAGGGCGAAUAAUAUCUAUAGAUUAGACGAUGACAGCUGGGUGGCUGUUAAUGGUCUUCUGAAGCAGGUAGACGCAGGUGGUAAUAAAUUCCUGUCUGGAGCCAAUGCAGGGGAUUUGAUUUUCUGCCUGAACCAGGAUCAAGCCAUUUCCAGAUCGGCCGUCUUCACCUAUACCCAACUAGAGGGGGCUCUGAAGUAUUACAGCUGUGGCCCUUAUGGCUGCUGGGGUGUCAAUUCCGCCAAUAACAUAUAUUACCGCUAUGAUGUGACGCCCACAUCCUGCCGAGGAAGUCGGUGGCAGCAGAUAGAAGGCAGUUUGGUCAUGGUGGAGGUCGGCACAGAUGGUUCUGUGUAUGGUGUGAACGCCCAAGGAUAUUUGUUUAAAAGGGAUGGGAUCUCGGCUAGCAAUCCUACUGGAACCUUUUGGACUAUAAUGGAUUUCUGUGGCACUUUCCGACAUGUAUCCUAUGAUGAUGGAAACCUGUGGCUUCUGGGGAAGAGCGGAGACAUCUAUAAAUGCAAAGCCAAUGACUACUUUUACCCAACCACAUCACAUCUAAAUAUGUGACAGAACCGACAUGAGCAAAAAGUAUUCAAUUUUCUUUGUGAUUAAGAGAACAUGGGGGGAAAAAAUAAAAAUUUUAUAAAAUUAUAGCUAUUACACAAAUGAUAA